UCAUAAAACAACACAGGCAGGCGCAAAGCGAAUGCGUUUUGAUUGAAUGGAACUUUGGGAGUCGAAAGCAUACUAGACCGAAGAGAAAGUUCAAUCGGGAGAGAGGAUGCAUUGAGCCAUGUGCUACAACAAAUGUAUUGGUAUCUGUUGAUAAGAAGCAGUGAUAAAUGAAAACCUUUUUAGCUCACAUUUAGGUUACCGUCUCGGAUCCUCCUGAAGUUUAACUAUGUCGCGACUGCCAUUGGAAACUGAUGCAAAGAAACGAACAUAAGGUUGAGGAAUAGAAACCGACUGAAAUUCAGCCUGUGUAGGCGUACACCUAUUGCACAAUUCCUUUAUUUGUCCUUUGAAACUCAUUGAGUUUUGCUUGGAUAUCAUGCCACGCUUUCUCGUGCUCGCCUGCUUGGAUUAAUUGAUAACCACAUGCACCUGCUUGGUUGGAUAUUUGGAACCUGCACAACAUGUAGGCCUAUGAAACAUUUAGGCAAAAAAAAUUAUAUUCUGAAUCGUGAAUGCACACGUCUCGGUCAUUAUUGUAACACUAGUUGACUUGAUUCCUUGGAUCUUUCAUAAGUGGAAUCAUCUUUGCAUGAGCCUGGAACGUUGGACCACUGAUGGCGAUGACAUAGCGGCGGCGGCAUAUGUAAUGUCUCAAGGAUACCGCGCGCCCCUGAAGUUUACGUUUUGGAGAUAAUACUAUUUCUAACAGCAUAUGCAUGGCAUACAUUGCUCAUCAUAUCGGAUAUCAAAAUGAUGCGCACCGGCCCAAGCCUUGUCUACGAGUGGCUACAGACUAUUCAGCUGCCUCAAUACUUGGAGGCGUUUGUGGACAAUGGAUACGAUGAUCUGGAAGUUUGUAAACAAAUUGGGGACGCCGAUCUUGACGCCAUAGGGGUACACUCGCAACACCACCGACAAAAAGUACUCAACGCGGUGAAGAAGUUAAGAGAGGAGGACAAGAAAAAAGCUCCCGGUCUUUACUUCACGCUCGAGCCUCUGAACCCCUCUCCCCUUAGCCCCUUGUUGGGCACCAGCACCACGCUCAUCACAGAUGGCGAGAAUGAUUUCCAGUGGUCAAGGUCAUGGACAGAAUCCAAUCAGGAGGAAGUUGGAAAUGGAGGUCACCAACAAUCACCUUGUCCAACAAACCACAAUCUAAGUUUAACUGAUGGUUGUAAAGAGUUGGUGACCAAUCCCAAACUGAAACUGAAGGUCUUGAACAGGGAUAAACUUGUGAAAGAUGGCGUCAACCUCAAUGAGUCGCCAUGCACCUAUAAGGACUCUGUCAUCAAGCCUGCCUUGCCAGUGAGUGUCAAUUGGGUUACCAUUCUAGAGUUGGUCAAUUUAGAUGUAUGGGAGUAGUGUUAACCCCAUCUGCUGCUUUGAUGGCUUUCGGUCAGUGAGUGAGAGAUGCCUUCCCACAUGUUCUGUGAAACAUGUCCUCUAUGGGAGCAGUGGAGCGCAGCGGUGUCCUUGUCUGGCUCAUUCACAUGUUGCAUGUGCACUCUCCCCAGAAUGUAAAGCUCCACUAAUCAUACACCGGUUAACAAAACUGUACAUUUUUCUAGUGAUUCCUUUGCUUUGGCCUCAGUUUGUCUAUUGAACAUGUUACAGGAUUUGGUUUUUCCAUUUAAAUGUUGAGGUUGGACGUGAGCACGUGGGGCGCACCAACGCGUCACCUCGUUAGUAUGUGUUACACCUGUGCUGGUUGGUCAUCUCGUUAGUGGGAUGGUGUUUCACCUGUGCUGGCCCAGGUGCUAUUUAAGAGUGGCAGGCUCCAGUUGUCUUGAGAUGUGGAGGGUUAACACCUUUUUUUAGUUGACUCUCCCUAUUUGAUUUCUCGACAAACAAUCUGAUCUUCCCUGUUUGUUCAUUUUGCUCCAAUAUUUUGGUUUGUUUCCUUUAUACUUUUGGUGUGGGUUUUUCUUUUGUUUGCCUCUUUAGUGGACAAAUUUAGUGGGUGCUCAUGGUGGGUGUCUUUUUAGUCCUAGUUGUUGUUAUGCAACCUUCAGUGGCCACCCCAAUGAGUGUCUUUUUAGAAACCCUCCUAAACCCCACCUGUUUCAUUUUGGUUGUUGUCAGUGACUUUGUUAGUUCCCCCUUCUGUUUGAGUGACAUUUUUGGUUUUCUUGCUGGGGAACGUAACAAUCAGCAUAAGGACUAUCUACCUUUAUCUCAAUCCUCUCACCAUUGUUUUUAUUUCUAUACUUAUUAGAACUACAAACCCACAAUCAGCCAGUCAGCAAAUAGGCCUAAACAGGAAGCAGUAGGUGGGUGUCGUGGUGAUAGCUCAGAUAGAAAUAAUGCACAUUUUGCAUUUCCUGUAUGAGGAAUGAGAAGAAGCAGGUUGACAGGUACAGUGUUAACCUCAAUAACAUGUCCUUCCCUGCAGAAUGGGGCACCACUAAUAAAUCCUUCAAUUCCUCCUUUAAUCUGGUCUGGGCAAUUCCACGGUAGAGUGAUGCGAAGACAGAUUUUUCACUUUAAAAUGUAUUCUAUAAUUCA